UUCAUUAAUUAAUUAUUAUAACUUCAUCAUGAUCAAAUCAAAUAAUCUAAAGCAAAUAAUUUUUUCUUUUGAAGAUAAAAAUGGUUAUUAUUACAAUAUAGGAUCAGUGAUAUUGGUAGCAUGUUGUAUGGGGUUAUCAUGGGUUUGGAUCCAUAGAUGGAGUCAAAGGAACAAGGUGGGACCCAAGACAUGGCCAUUGAUAGGGGCAGCUGUUGAGCAAUUGAUGAAUUAUGAUAGGAUGCAUGAUUGGCUUGUGGGAUAUUUGUCUAAGUCUAAAACUGUUGUGGUUCCUAUGCCUUUCACUACUUACACUUACAUAGCUGAUCCUGCUAAUGUUGAGCAUGUUCUUAAGAACAAUUUUGCUAAUUAUCCUAAGGGUGAAGUAUACCACUCGUACAUGGAAGUAUUACUUGGGGAUGGCAUUUUUAAUGCGGACGGUGAAAGUUGGAGGAAACAAAGAAAAACUGCUAGCCAUGAGUUUGCAUCUAAGAACUUAAGAGACUUUAGCACACUUGUUUUUAGGGAGUAUAGUUUGAAGCUUUCUACCAUUUUAAGCCAUGCAUCUUUUGAAAACCGAUCCGUCGACAUGCAGGAGUUGUUGAUGAGGAUGACAUUAGACUCCAUAUGCAAAGUAGGUUUUGGUGUGGAAAUUGGAACAUUGGCACCUGAACUACCUGAGAACUCCUUUGCUCGUGCUUUUGAUACAGCAAACACCAUUGUCACCCUACGUUUUAUUGAUCCUCUUUGGAAGAUUAAGAAGCUUCUUAAUCUGGGUUCUGAGGCCUUACUUUCCCAAAGUAUUAAAAUUAUUGAUGAUUUUACAUAUUCUGUAAUUCGAAGAAGAAAAGCUGAAAUCGUAGAAGCUAAAAAAUCAUCCAACACCAACAUCAAGAUGAAGCAUGACAUAUUAUCAAGGUUUAUAGAAUUAGGAGAAGAUCCAGAGAACAACACAACAGAGAAGAGUCUAAGAGACAUAGUGCUUAAUUUCGUGAUAGCUGGUCGAGACACCACAGCAACAACACUGUCAUGGGCAAUAUACAUGAUCAUGACACACGAAAAUGUGGCUGAAAAACUUUAUCAAGAGCUUAAAAACAUUGAACAAGAGAGAGCAAAUGAAGAAAUGAUUGAGUUAAUCCAGCUUGAUCAAUCUGAGGAUUAUGCUUCAUUUAACCAAAGGGUGUCACAAUUUGCGCAACUUCUGACAUAUGAUUCCUUGGCUAAAUUGUAUUACUUGCAUGCUGUUAUUACCGAGACUCUCAGAUUAUACCCUGCUGUUCCUCAGGACCCAAAGGGAAUAUUAGAGGAUGAUGUAUUGCCAGAUGGAACCAAAGUAAAGGCAGGUGGAAUGGUGACUUAUGUGCCAUACUCUAUGGGUAGAAUGGAGUACAAUUGGGGCCCUGAUGCUUCUGUCUUUAAUCCUGACAGAUGGCUCAAAGAUGGUUUCUUCCAAAAUGCCUCCCCUUUCAAAUUUACUGCAUUUCAGGCUGGUCCAAGGAUAUGCCUAGGAAAGGAUUCAGCUUAUUUACAGAUGAAGAUGGCAUUGGCUAUUUUGUGCAGAUUUUACAAAUUCAAGUUGGUUCCAGAUCACUCUGUUGAGUAUAGGAUGAUGACAAUUCUCUCAAUGGCUCAUGGAUUAAAGCUUACAGUUUCUAGGUCUUCAUAAUUAAUUAUUAGAAAACGUAAUUUGCAAUAAUAUUCUAUGUAAUACUUUACAUUAAUUGUUUGAUACAGUUAACUUAUCAUAUAUAUGUUGAUCUAGCUAAAUUAAUUUUUCGU